AUGAGCCCAUCGAAGAGUGCACGUAACUGGUCUCCUUCGGACAGUCGAGACAGAUCGCGAACGGGAAGUUCGAGGUAUGACAGUCGGCGACGUCGGGAAUAUACAGUAAGUCCUGCUCCGCCCAGAGGAGCUGCUGCCGCGCCAAAUGAGGCGCCAGCAUGGAUGCGGGGGCUCGAAGAGAUGAGGGAAACGGGCGACAAGGUCGCGCGCCUGGAACAGUCACUGCAGCAGGAGGCGUCGGACCUGCGCACCGCAUGGCAGGCCCAGGAGGUCAACAUCGGAGCGUUGAGCAGCAGGAUGGCGGAGGCUGAGCGCAGCCAGAUGGGUGUGAUCACGCAGGCGGUGCAGACGACUGCGUCGGCGGCAGUCGACAGCAAGGUCGAGGCCAUGCGCGCAAAUUUUGCCGAGCUCGCCCGAUGGUGUCAGCCAACGUUACAAGUUCAGCGGAAUCUGGCUCGGCUCCGAUAA